AUGGAUAGCAUGACCUCGAGCACAAUUCCCGCGAUGACAGCUGCUGCCUCUGGUUCCGACCUGAAUUCGACCCUCAGUUCCACUGGCCGCGGCUGGGCAGGGACGUCAACCUCCUCCCUCUCCUCCCUACAAAACGACUACAGUACCUACCCUCUGAUUCACCAUGGCGACCGAACCUAUCUGAGAGACCCUGAAAACCUCUACCCGUUACCAUGUGACCUGCCCGAAAUCCAUCGUCAGUCCCUACGCACCCUUAUGCUCAUCCGCGUUUUUGGCGGCCCUUUCGGUACUCCGUCGCUUGCUGAAAAACCCCCGAAGCGAGUAUUGGAAUUGGCAUGCGGCUCGGGUCUCUGGUCGAGCCUCUGUCACGAUUACUUCGCCCGUCGCGGACACCCCAACAUCUCCUUCACCGGUCUUGACAUCGUCUCAGUUGCCCCUGAUUUGCGGAAAAAGGGUGUGAAUUGGCAGUUCAAACGGCAUGAUUUACGCAAACCCCGUCUGCCCUUUCCCGAUGACUACUUCGACUUCGUUUUCAUUAAAGAUGCAGGAAUGUGUCCAUCAAGUCCAGCACAACAGGCAUCGGGAUUGAGUGAGCCAUUGCGCGUUCUCAAAUCGGGGGGUGUUUUGGAAAUUUGGGAUUCAGAUUGGGUUUUCCGAUCGUUAAUACCCAACCCUGCCCCUGCUCGUAAAUUAGCCUCAAGAGAACAAGAAACUGCCGACACCACCGCGACAUACACGUUCUCAUCCGCAACUCCAUUUACAAGAGCGCAGAAUAAGUACCUGCAGGACUACAAUUCCUGGCUUGAGACAGCAUUUGACCGGCGCAAACUUUCCGCGAUGCCAUGCGCGACAAUUGGCCUGUCUUUCAAUGCUGAAGUUGACAUUCUGGAAAACGUGGAUAGUCGUCGCAUUGCGAUUCCACUGGGGGAGUUGCGGUGGGAACGAGAAGGGCAUGGCAGAGAUUCCACCGGCCGUACUCGGAAAACCUUAACCUCAGAUCAAUUUGCAAUACGACGCACGGCUCUCCUCACGGUUAUUCAGAUGAUCGAAGGAAUGGAGCCUAUGCUCAUGGAAGCCAGUGGAAAAAGCCGAGAUGAAUGGGACAGAUGGUGGACUGCCAUGACCGCAGAUCUGUUCCAGAAAGAUGGCCUCACCAGCGGGGAAUGUUUGGAAGUGAGUGCCUGGUGGGGUCGAAAGAAAUAA